UUAGGCAUUUCUGGUCCCAUGCUCUGGGCCAAAGACAUAAUGUCGUUGACCAUGGGCUCCACAGGUACUGACUCAAAUCUCUCAGAGCCACAUUCGACAAUGCACUGCGGCCAAAGCGUCUCCCAAGCAGAAGUUAGAGUUCUGUUGGUAACCCUUUCCCACGCCUUUUCGAUCGUCUUGACGGCAGCAACGAUGUUGAAGUGAUAUGUCCAAAACUCUCUGAGAAUGAAAUUGGUAGCUUCAGCCAAUUCAAAGCAGUGCAUAAGAGUGCUUUAGUGUAGAGUUUCAUAACCCUUUUGGGAUGAAAGGCCCAUAUACGUGGCCCGAUGCAACAGUCGCUAUGGGAUGCAAGGCCCAUAUACGUAGCCCGAUUGUCAUGUCACACACCCAGCGCUGUAUCUAGGGACUGGCUUGCAGUAGCGACAUGGGACGAGGUGCAUUCUGUUGGGAAAAAUGUGAACUCCACGCGGAGUGCGGGUGUCUGGCAUGUGCUCAACCCCUCUCCCCACAGUCUUCCCCUCAGUGAUCUACUAAUUGGUCACACUGUUGCUAGGGAGCAUGCGUGAGACCUGCGGUCAUGUUUAUGUUUGCACAUCAGUGACUUAUUGUCUUCUGAAUUAAGUGGUGAUUUUUGUGUUAGUGGCUACAUAAUUAAGGCUCGUUUAUCUAAUAAGGACAUUGAGAGUUUGCUGAAAGACAGUAAUGAAGAUUGGAAUGUAGACGAUGAUGGUGGUGAGAGUGAGUGGUCAGGAAGUAGUGCUGAUGACCAAAAAGAUGGUUAAGGGGAAAAUUAAGAAGAAGACCAAGAGGGAAAUGAAGAAGACAAUGAGGAAGAAAAUGUCAUUGAAGAAAAUGGAGAGGAUGAUGGUGAUUUGAAUGACGGUUGUGGCGCGAAUAGUGGUGCUCCUCAGGUUGGUGGUGUAUGGACAGAUAUUACAGGAAAAGGGGAGCUUCCUAAUGACAUCAAUUUUGUUCCACAAAGGGAAAAAAAUUCUGAAGCAGUGACAAAUUGUAGGAGUUUCCUAGAUUUUUUCCAACUAUAUUUUUCUGACGAACUUUUGAAUGACAUUGUAGCCGAGACAAACUGAUAGGCCCGCAAUAAGAUUGAAAAAAUGAACCCCCUGAAACCUGCUCGCAGUGGCAAGGUUGGAAUGAUGUGACUUUCAUAGAAUAAAAGCCUUUUUGGGUACCAUUCUUAACAUGGUGAAAUGAACAAAGGGACAUAAAAGCCUACUUUUCUACUGAUUGGACAACAAAGCAGGACUUUUUUCCAGAAGUAUUUAUCCAAGACCGAUUUUUGCAACUUUACCGGCCUUUCACAUUUGUCCUCCGGCUCCUCGGGGCUCAGCGAAAUUAGCUACUUGAGCCCAAAAAGUGAAGAAUGUCGCCGAUUUCAUUGACAGCAAGUGUCGAGAGCACUUUUCACCAGGAGAAAAAAUUGCAGUGGAUGAGUCUACUGUUGAUUUCAAGGGAAGAAUUGCGUUCAAGCGGUAUAAUCCUCAGAAACUGAUGAAGUGGGGCUUACGAGUCUACAUUCUGAAACAGGAUACAUUUCGACAUUUGAGUGCUACUACAGGUCUCCUACGAUGGAGUCCUUGGUGCACCCUGAACUUCUGUUUACGUCUCGAAUCAUCCUUCAUUUACCAGUCAAGGUAAAGGGAAAACAGCUGUCAAAACUCAAAAAGGGCGACAUGAAGGCGUUCGAGAAUGCAGUAGCAGUUAUUCUAGCGUGGAAAGACAAAAGGCCGGUUAUCAUGGAAUCUACUCAUCACAAAGAUGCUAUGCAAGAAAUCACCCAGAGAAAGCAGGGAGGCAGUGAAGAGGUGAUCCAGAAGCCAUCAGUGAUUUGUGACUACACGGCAAAUAUGGGAGCCGAGACAGAGCCAGUCACUACAGCUUGUUGUACCAUUUUGCCAGAAAAUCCCUCAAAUGGUGGAGGAAAAUUUUCUUCUGGUUAUUCGAGGUGGAGAUCGUCAGUUCUUACUUGCUAUAUGUCAUCAUAGCAAAGAAAAGAGGAGAAACCAAAGAGUCAUUUGCAGUUUUGGAAGAGUCUCGUCAAGGAGCUUGUGGGCGACGUCAGGGCUCAACCAGCCCUAUCGAGGAAGAGGCCACGCUCUGAGCAUGGUGGCCUACACAAAAUGGAUGUCCUGUACCAUGCUAUUGCAAGAAUGGACACUGGAAAACAGGGUGACUUUGUGAUUUGCAAUGAUCGCUCCAAGCCAAGAGGGCAAAAACGGUCCCCCUUUUUAUUUGCGAAACUUUUCCGUCCAACCCCUCUCUUCAUGUGCCUGAGUGCUUCAGCGAGUACCACAAAGUAGCAAAGUACCAAAAGUACUUGUAAAAUAUGGUUGCCUAUCGAAAAAUCGAUAUGUCAAAAUUGUAAAGUUUGUUUUAAGCAAAUUUUAUGAAAUUCUGUAGUUCAUUGACAUAAAACAAAUUUUUCAUCUCUCAAAAUGGACUUUUUAUUUUUCUUCCCAUGGAUGUCCCAUAAGAGAUAAAAUUGUAUUUUAUAUGUUGUAUUAAAGCUAAAACUUUAAAGAAUAAGAUACAACUACUUUUAAUAUGUCUAAUUCAAUGCAUCAUCUCUAAAUUUAAAAAAAAAAGAAAAAGUAAAAAAUAUCAAAUUUUCAUUUUUUUAUAUUUUUUUCCUCUAUUUUAACACCUCCGCCAAGUCAAAAAGUGCAUGACAUGGAAUAAUGAAAAUAGUAUACCAGUAAAGAGCAUGUUUUAAGCUUCAUUAGAAAAAAUACACUGAUAAGUCAAAAACUGCAGAUUUUAAAAGCGACGAAAGAAACCUAAGGGAUAUGGAAUGCGCACAGUGUUGCCGAAUUGCUUCGUUUUGGGGAAACGCACUCCAUUCCAAAAGGGUUAAAAUUUAGAAGUAAUCUGCUAGUCCAUUGGCUGGCGUAAGGGAGUGGUGUUGGGAGGCAGAAAUAGUAUCUUGAUGAAUUGAAAUUCUUCAAGGAGGUGGUCUUGUAGGCCUGGAGAAUGGGGAGGAGCAGGGUUGUCCUCAACAAGCAAGACAUGGAGUGGCAGAUUCAUCUCAAGAAAUAUUUUUUCACCAAAACACCAAACACUUCAUUGAUCCAGUCACAAAAAAGAUCAUGUGUCACCCAAGCCUUGUUGUUGAAUCUCCACAUCACAUUUAAUCUGCUCUUCUGGAUUUUACACUUCUUGAAGGCUCAUGGAGUUUCUGAGUGUUAUAAAAGUAGUGGUUUAAUUUUCAAAUCGCCACUUGCAUUGUCACAGAAUAGCAAUUCCAGACAGCCUUUCAUUGGCUUGCAACCCGGCAAUGCAGUCUCCGCUGCGAUUAUAAAUGUAAGCUUCGGCGUUUUUUGAGAAUAAACAUGUCUUGUCACAAUUAAAAAAUCUGUUUUGUCAGACAACCCUGGAAUCUACGAGCAUCUUGAAGUUGCUGAUGAAGUUCUCUGCUGCCUUCGGGCCAGAGCUGGCUGCUUCACUUUGCCUCACAAUGAGGUUGAUACCGGUUCUUCUCUUAAACUUCUCGAACCACCCACGACUUCCCUUAAACCCUUCUUCGGCUGCUGAUGAUCCUGGCAUCUUUUAAUGAGGUCGCCAAAAAUCAUUCUCGCCUUCUCACAAAUCAACUUCUCAUUAAUAGGGUCACUUUGCAAUUGCUUUUCAUUUAUCCAUAUAAGAAGCAACCUUUCAACAUCGUCCAGAAUAUGAAAUGGUUGUUUAGAUAAUCUUGUCACUCCAUUUGAAGCAUGUACCUCCUUAAUCUUGUCCUUGUUCUUGAGGAUAGUGCAAAUAGUUGAUGUAGACUGAUUGUACAUGCAUGCUAAAUCAGCAAUGCUCAAACCAGAUUCAUGUUUUUCAGUGAUUUUACGUUAAUUCAUUUUCUUUCUCGUAUGGUUGCCUUCUUUCGGCUUUAUCUUUGGGAACAUUUCUACAGAGGUAAUCAAAAUUUGCACACAAAAAAACAUGGCAUGAACACGAGUGUAGAAAAAUGUGUGAUCAGAAGCUUCACCAAGAUGGAAGCAAAAAGAGUGCUAAACCCAGAUUGCAGUACGUACUCGUUAUGCAAUAGCCCUCAUUCAGUGAGUCAUUUUUUACAGGUUGCUUUUACUCAUUAUGUGAUUUGUCCAUUAUGGGAGGCACUCGUUAAGCAAGGUUUCACUGCAUUUCAGUGUCUCUUGCAGGAGUGGUCUACUGUGGAGCUCCAUGUUUAACAAUGUAAGAUGAACGGUGUGCUCCAAAGCUCUUGUGCCUGCACCAUCAUUUUACUCUUUCAGCUGAGGUGCCACAGAUCACCAUCUAUCAUUCUUUACAGAGCAGACAAGCCUCCGAACCCUAUGUUCUGUGAAGAAUUGUGGACGUCCUACGAUUUGGUGCCUAGUGUUAGUUUCAGUAUCCUCCUUCCUCUUAGACAUUCGCAACAGUGGCAUGUGAACAUUCACCCAGCUUUGCUGUUUUCGAGAUAUUCAUUCAUAGUUUCUGUGUGAUAACAAUCUGCCCUUUGUCAAAGUCGCUUAUCUCAAUCGAUUUCCCCAUUUGCAGCCCAAUCCUUCACUAGGGUAGUCCUCCAUCUGUGGUUGCUUUGCUUAUUUACUUUUGUUAUUGCUUCACAUUCCUGCAAUGCCAACCGGCGGCAUUCAGUUUCAUGGUGGGCAGUGGUCAUAAUGUUUUGGCUUAUCAGAGUAUAUCUGUAUAUUGUGUACUUUGUGUGUGUUUUUAUCGAGGUUACUUUUGCAAGCUUUAUACUCGCGUAAAUGUUUUGUUUUUUGGGCAACAACAGCAAUUCAUUUUGAUACAGUGCUAAUUUGGAGAUGAAAAUUAUGCUUUGUCCCUUCUUGUCUCCUCCAUACAGUAAAUAAUUUAGAACUAGCUCUUUCAUUCUCUUCGUAGUUUUUUAGGAUCAUGUUAUUUUUCUCUGUUGCUGCCUUGAUCUGAAUUAGUUUUGGUAAUCAUUUAAACUGUUGUGUGAUCAUUUUUGUUACCAGAAGUGCUAUGUAAUUAUACUCUUGCCUCCUAUUUAAGCUGUUUUUAUUUCAGCCACUUCUUGUGAAUUUGAUAACUAGGUUUUUUUCAAAUACUUGUAUUUGUAUACCUUUUUAUAAAUAGACAACUGUCAGUCUAAUCUCAUUUACUGUCAGAAGUUAAUU